ACGUCGGUCGUACCACCCGGCCAAGUCUGCCGUGCAGGCAACCUUCUCGGCUGUCCGGUAGGCGUCUGCAAGCCCGACUUGGGCCAGACUCAACUGCAUGGCGGCCCCAUUUUAGCUGGCCACUCCACCGUGGCUAGUCAUGAAACCGUCGGCGGUGGGACGACUGUAAAUAGACCGCCUCUUGUUGCCACCGGAACAGGCGCUACUGGCCCCGCCCAGACAUCCACCACAGCCACAACACCGACAGGCUCCAGCGGAUCUGUGUCCGGCCUAGUCAAGUCGAACCCAAGCAAACGGCACCGCGAGAGGUUAAACGCUGAACUCGAGCACCUGGCCAGCUUGCUGCCGUUUGAGCAGACGGUAAUCGCCAAGUUGGACAAAUUGUCAAUUCUGAGGCUGGCCGUUUCAUAUCUACGAAUGAAAUGCUACUUUCAAGGUGAGCGACGAUAUAAGGCUAAGCAGAUUGUUGUGAAAGAUGGCCUAUUUCGUAGACAUCUCCUUUUCAGUGCGCACUACUCAUAA